AUGCCAUGGAUGUGGCCUGAUUUUAUAUUUAAUUUGUUACCUGAAGGAAGAGAACAUAAUCGAUGUUUAAAUGUAGUUCAUCAAUUCACGCAAAAAGUUAUUGAUGAUCGUGCACAAGAUUUUCAUGCAAACAAAACUCAUGGAAAACGUUCUGCAUUUCUUGACUUACUUCUGAAACAAAUGCAUGAUGAACACUUAACACUUGUUGAUAUUCAAGAAGAAGUUGAUACAUUCAUGUUUGAAGGACACGAUACAACAGCAGCAUCAAUGAACUUUACUUGUUUUAUGAUCGCAUCACAUCCCCAAGUUCAACAAAAACUACAUGAAGAAAUGGAUCGAGUAUUUGGAGAUGAUUAUGAUCGUCCAUGCACAAUCGAAGAUCUUAAUGAGUUAGAAUAUUUGGAAUGUGUUAUAAAAGAGAGUCUUCGAUUAUAUCCUUCGGUUCCAUUCAUUGCAAGAGAAAUACAAGAAGAUUUUAUGUAUCAUGAUUAUAAACUUUUACGAGGUACAACAGCUGUUAUGUUUAUUUAUUAUAUUCAUCGUGAUCCACAAAACUUUCCUGAUCCAGAUCGAUUUGAUCCCGAUAGAUUUUUACCUGAGAAUAGUGUUGGUAGAUCACCUUAUGCAUAUAUACCAUUUUCAGCUGGUUCAAGAAAUUGCAUUGGACAACGAUUUGCAAUGUUAGAAGAAAAAGUAAUUUUAUCAUCGAUAUUAAGACGAUUUAAACUUAAAACUUCUCAAUUACCGGAUGAUUUAAACCUUUCAUUUGAACUCAUACUGCGUUCUGGAAAUGGUGCUCAUGUGGAACUUAAAUUACGUCAUUAA